AAUUCUGAGCAUGUUGAUGUGCUCACGAAAAUGAUUUUAAUUCCGAUUUAUAAUAAUGUUUAAUAGUUAAUUUAGUUUAUAUUUAAGUUAUAGUAAAUAAAUAAACAAAAUGGAUAAACCAGAAGUGAAAUCGUUCAACGCGGAGUUAUCCGGGUUGUACGAAAAUAAGCCGCCAAUAUCAAAGGCAAAAAUGAGUGCUAUAACAAGAGGUGCUAUCAAGGCAAUUAAGUUCUACAAACACGUUGUACAUAGUGUUGAAAAGUUCAUCCAAAAGUGCAAACCUGAAUACAAAGUUCCGGGACUUUACGUGAUAGAUUCAAUUGUAAGACAGUCAAGGCAUCAAUUUGGACAAGAUAAAGACGUGUUUGCCCCUAGGUUUGCCAAAAAUAUGCAACAAACAUUUGCUAAUCUGUUUAGAUGCCCUCCAGAAGAUAAGCGCAACAUCAUCAGAGUGUUGAACCUUUGGCAAAAGAAUAAUGUGUUUGGUCCCGAUGUCAUCCAACCCUUAUUGGAUAUGGCAGAUCCAAAUCAUCCUUUACAUUUGGAAAUACAACAACAACAAAAUAACACUGCCAAUGGGAGUUCAUUAAAUAUCACCCAUAAUGCGUCAGAUAAUAAAAUAUCUCCUGGCCCUGCAUCACAACAUACGCCACAUUCUUCUACACCAAUGGGUGAUCAGUUUCAGGAUCAGCCCUCAGGGCCGCCGCCAGCUAAAUUUAAUCGCAAAUUACUCAACGAUUUUGAAUAUGAGAGUGGAGAUGAUACUCCCGCGGCAGACUCAAGUCCCCCGCCGCAACACAACUCAGUUCAUAUGCAGAAUAUGCAUAAUGCUCACAAUAAUCAAAACAAUAUGCAGCAUAAUCAACAUUCACAAAAUACUCAAUCUACUCAUCAACAUCAACAAUCACAUAAUCCAGCUGAUGCGUUAGGAAGCAUAUUAACAAAUCCGGAGAUUAUGAGACAACUACAAAGCUUACAAGCUCAAAUGCAAUUAGUUGCAGGAAUGCAGAUACCCAAUUUAAUGCCAAUGAUGUCAGAUUUGCAAAUGCAGCAAAAUCAAAACCAAGGGCUUCCUUUCUUAGGUUCGCAAAAUGAGCCUCCAAAGCAAAAUGAAUCAAAGGAUGACAUGGCAAAUGAAUCUGAUAUAGAAUUUGUGGACGCUGGACCUCAAGUUAUUGAAAUUCCUGAUGCAAAUGAUUCUAGGAGUCCAUCGCCGAAAUCCCGUCGUCGCGGAUCACGAUCACCGCGUAGGAGGCGUCGCUCGCGAUCGCCGCGUAGACGUCGGGACCGUGACAGGGACAGGGAUAGGGAUAAAGAAAAGGAAAAAAGUUACAAAGAGAGAGAGGCGGAAAAAGAAAAACAACGGGAACGUGAAAAAAAGGGAUUGCCACCUAUUAAAAAGGAGAACUUAAGUGUGUGUAGUACAACACUAUGGGUGGGCCAUUUAUCGAAACUGGCAACACAAGAGGAAUUGUCCGACCUUUUUGGUGCAUUUGGAGGUCUUGUGUCGGUGGAUUUAGUGCCGCCGAGGGGAUGCGCUUUUGUUGUUAUGGAAAGGAGACGAGAUGCUGCAAGAGCAAAGCAAAAAUUAGACAGGCAUAAAUUGCAUUCAAAGGAAAUAACCGUGGCGUGGGCGGCCGGCAAGGGCGUGAAGGGGCGCGAGUGGAAGGACUACUGGGAGGCGGAGCUCGGCGUGGCGUACCUGCCGUGGGCCGCGCUGCACGCGCGCUGGGUGCUCGGCGCGCUGUCGCUCGACGCGCUCGAGGAGGGCGGCGCGGUGGACGAGGAGACGCUGCCGCCGUGGCUGCCGCCCAGGAUAAUACCAAAAUCGAUGUCCGAGAUACCGCUACUCGGCGGCAUGCCACCAGUAUCCGGCGCGGGCAUGCUCCCGCUGGGCGCGCUGCCCGCGAGCUUGCCGAGCCUGCCCAACCUGCCGCCCAGCACGAUGGCGAUGAGUGGCCCACCGCCGGCCAGCAUACCGCUGCCCGUGCCGAGGAUGCCGCCGCCGGGGUACGUGCCCUAUACUGUUGACGCUAGUCUGGGACCAGGUCUACCCACAGGCAUGCCACCCGGCAUGCGGCCACCGCUUCCCGCACCAUUACCAGGUGUACAAGCAGACGGUGGUUUAGGGGCGGGCGGUGCGUUAUUAGGAUUCCCGCCUUCGAUGCAACCUCACACUUUACAACAAUCAGGAAUGGUGGGCGGUUUCCUAAGUGGGCUGAUGGGCAUGGGAAUGGGCGGUCUCGUGUUGCCGCUGCAUCAUGCACCGUUACCUUCGCAACCGCAGCCGCAGCAACAGCAACAACAGCAACAGCAACAACAACAAGCCAGCUCAGACGUGAGUGGAGCCGAUGACGCAAUGGAGUUGGACCCCGAAGAUACUCCUACAGACAGUCAAAGCGAAAUGCAUAUACGUGACAAUGUGCCUUCUAAUAUGCAUCCUGAUCAGUUACAAGCGCUGGUCUCGAAGCCACCACCGGCGUUCAACAGCUCAGAACCGCCCCCUGGUUUCAACCCGGACAACUUCGACUCUAGCCAGCCGCCGCCGGACGACAAACGGGAUGAGGAUAGACGUGACCGUGACCGGGAUAGACGGGAUCGGGAUAGGGAUAGAGAGCGACGGGAUCGGGAUAGGAGAGAUGGAAGUGGAAGAGAUGGCAGUGGAAGGGAUGGAAGCGCUAGGGAUAGGGAGCCAAGGGGUGGCCGGGAUCGCGAGAGGCGGGACGGACGCGAGCGGGAUAGAGGAGAACGUGACGACCGUCGUGACCGUGACAGAGAUCGUGAGCGUGAUCGCGGCAGGGAGCGACGUGACCGUGACCGCGGACGGGACCGCGACCGUGACAGGGAUCGUGACCGUGUCAGUAGAGAUGGCAAUAAUCCAGAAAGAGGCCGCGACAAGUCGCCACGUGGCAACGAGCCAUCAAACGAGAAGACGCUCCAAGAACGGUUGUGGGAGAUGGCCAACGGCAAGGAGAUGGAGAUGGAAGAAGAGCAGCCCGGAGAGCAGGGCAGUGACAGCGAGCAGCAGAUCGACCUGCCUCCCGCACCACUUGAUAAUGGGGGUGAUAAUCAAGCCGAAAACGAGGGCGGAUGGACACAGCUGCCUCCACCACGACAAAUGGCACCGAUGUUCAGGGCUGAGCUAAGAAUGAGAGGACCUCCGAUCAGACCGCCUGUCAGAGGACCGUGGAUGGAUCAAGGACCAGGAGGCCCAGGUCCGUUUGGACCAAGGUUCAAUAAUAUGGGACCGCCUUUUAAUAGACCUCCUUUUGAACGACCACCGUUUGAAGGUGGUCCUGGGCCAAUGUUUGAUAGACCGCCGUUCAAUCGAAUGCCAUUUGAUAACCGACCACCGUUCGACGGCCCAAGACCACCAUUUGAUGGUCCCAGACCACCGUUUGACGGACCCAGGCCGCCAUUUGAUGGACCACGGCCACCGUUUGAUGGUCCAAGACUACCUUUCGACGGCCCUAAACCGCGUCCUCCAUUCGAUGGGCCAAGACCGCCUUUCGAUGGUCCACGUCCACCGUUUGAUGGCCCAAGACCGCCAUUUGACGGUCCUCGACCUCACUUCGAUGGUCCACGACAACCAAUUGACGGGCCUAGACCGCCUUUCAAUGUUCCAAGACCACCUUUCGAUGGUCCCAGACCGCCUUUCGAUGGACCGCGACCACCUUUCGAAGGACCAAGGCAAUACGAAGGUUUUGAAGGAGAUAGACAGUUUGAUGGACCUAGAUUUGAUGGUCCCCCUGAAUACUUUGAUAGGAACAGAAGAUUUGACGAACGCGAACAAUUUGAAAGGGGCUGGAAUAGAGAUAGAGAAUGGGACAGGAGAAACGAAUGGGAUGACAGAAGAAGGGACAGAAGGAGUGCCGGAAAUAUUGAACAUGAAGAUAGAUAUAAAAGAGAUAGAAACGACAGAAGAAGAAACCAUGAUGACAGAACAAAACCCCGCGAAGACAGGAAUUCGAGACGAGAUAAAGAUAGAAAAUCCAGAUGGGGAGCUGCUGAUGAAAACACAAAUCAGAGUGAAGAAGCUGAACAAACGGAAGUUCCAAAUAAUACGAAUGAUAAUGAAGCUAACAAAUGCGAACAAACUAGUGAGCCUAGUGUUAAGGAAACAAAUUCUGUAGAAAAAGAUACUAAUAAUGUAGACUAUGACACAAAGUAUGUAGAAAAUGAAAGCAAUAAUUUAGAAUCUAAGGAAAAUAGUGUUCCAUUAGAAGAAAAUACAUUAGAAAAUAAUGUACAUGAAUCGAAUGUCACAGAAAAGGAAGAUACUCAAGAAUCAAACGAUCAUGAAAUAGAGCAUGAUAAUUUUAAUAAAGUAGAAACAAAUACUUUUAAUGGUAACAGUGAAGAUAGCAGAGAGGUAAAUGAGGAAGUUAGUGAAUCAGCUAAUCUUUACGACGCAAACGAUGCUGUAGAUACGAGUUUUUCAGUACCGUCAAAAGAAGUACAAGAAAAAAUUGAACAUGAACCCAGCACAGAUUCUGCUGACAAGUCGGACGAUAUAUUUAAUGAUAAAGCGGUGCAGGAAGUGACGCAAAAUGAACCAGUACAAGAAAAUACUGAAAGUGAAGUGGCACAAAGCAAAGAAGGUCAUCUCUGACAGCGGUGGAUCAAGUUUGGAUAUUUCCAGUGGAAUUGAUUCGGGUGACGCGUCCGGGCCCGACGUCACAAACACACAGCUACGCAGUGUUGCCAGCUCGGAAUAGUUGCGCGUUGUUCGGGAAAGUCGUUUAAUGAAUUUUUUUAAUAUUAUUGUUGCUAUUUAAAUGAAUCAAAAAUAUAAUUUUGUUGGCAUAAUAAUAUAAUUUUAAUAUCACAAAUGAGGUCGUCAUCAAAUGACACCAAUAAAUUGAUGUAAUUUAUUUAACUCGAACUGGUAGCACUGGUGAGCUGCAAAUAGUUUAACGCAGAUUUAUAACGCCAAAGAUAAUUUUAUACAAUAUACGAUUGAAAUAAAUACCGAGUGCCUUAUUGGUGUUUUGUUUCUGCGGCGGUGAAGAGGAACCCGCCCGGGCGCUCAAGUGGAGCGACCCGGGCCAGGUACGGUUGCUAUGUUGAUACAAUACGCAAUACGCACGUCUACAACAAUUUUUAAUGUUUUUCACGCCCUAACUGAAUGUUAGUAAGUUGUAAGUUUUAGUUUCAGUAAUUUCAAUAUUUUUCAUUUACUUAUUGACAAAAAAACAAUUGUUGUCGACGAGUGUAUAUCAUUUUUUAAAUUAUGUCGCAAUGGAUAUAUUAGCUUUGUAUCAAAUUAAGCCUACUUUUAGCUACCAAUAUGAUCCAUUGCAACAUAAAUUAUAUCACUAGCAAUGUGUGCAAAGGCCUCGACGACGCCGUGCCACCCGAAUCAACACUGGAAAUAGAAGAUAAGGAAUAAAAUGGAUUCUUCAAGCGUCUUCAGUCGCCAAAUUAGGUGUCGACGAUACGGCCCAUCGUUUAAAUCUUUCAGAUUAAUAGGCUUGACCUAGUGUUUAUACAAUCGUUAGUUAGGUAAUUUUAAUUUAAUAUUAUGGACUAUGAUCAAUUCAUUAUUCAUUUUUUGUGUUUCAUAUAUCUUGGUGAAGGUAGAAAAGUUUUAUUUUUAUUUCAUCUAAUUACAUCGUUAAGAUACUAACAAAAUCUAUAUCUUCAUUUAUGCAUAAGGUAUUAAAGUAGGAAUAUUUUUAAAUUACAAAUUUAAUGAUACAUUGUUCACUUGAUGUAAAAUAUAAUUUUUAUUUUAAAAUGAUUAUUAUAAAUUUAUAUAGCUGGCUUUGUUUUGUGGAUAAAAUAAGAACACGUUAGUUGGUGUAGUUAUAAAGUUAAAUUGCAUGCUUAAAUGUUUGUCAUAUUUGUGCUUAAAUAAAAAUUAAAAAUACA